CUAGCUGGCUAGCAGUACCCUUCCUUGGGCUGGCCCGGCCUGCCUUGCCAUUUCUCCUCCCCUCGAACAACGGCCCGUCGUGUCUUCGCGCGCACCACUCAGCUUCCCCAUUCAUCCUGCAACCCACCCCCUUCCCGCAGGCACCUGGUGGCACGGCACUUGAAGCGCUCGCCCUUUCAGCACCUGGCCCUGCCUGCCUGCCUGCCUGCCUGUCUCCCCCCAUCCCGACAUCAUAUCACGCAUCGCAUCCCGUCCCUUGUCGUGCCGUCGCCACCUUCACCGUCCACGGCCCAUCGUCGUCUGCCGCACCGCACCGCACCGCACCGCGCCCCGUGCCGACACAAACAGGAGGGUCUUCGGCGUUGGAGCCCGUUUGCUGCUGGUCUCCCCCCAGCCGUCGACUGCCGUCGUCUUCACGGGCCUCCCUCAACUGGGCGUCGCAGCUGCCCGUGGUCCGCCACACGGCCCUGACCUUCCGUCUUGACACGACUCGACUCCAACUCGACUCGACUCGAUCCGAAUCCCCUUCGAUUCGACUCGACAGCCCGUCUCCGUUGCCUCGCGUUCGCUGCUCGCCUGCGUCCGCCUCGUCUCCCACCCGCACGUCCGCCCCGUGCUGCUCGCGGUUUGAAUGCCGGCAUCACCCGCGACGUCGACUUUACUACAUACGGGCCCGUUGGCUGCAUUUGCUUUGGCGAGCGGAUUUGUCGCCUGCGUCCAUGUCGAAGCCCUCGGCCGACCCUGCCUGACGGACGACACCGCAUUCGUUUUCCCUCCCAUCGAGCCCCCGUCAUUCACGUCGAGCCCCCUUCCGUCCCGCAGCGACGUUUGGUCAAGGUGAACAUUUGAGCCGCCGGUAGGCCCUCGCUGCAGAGCGUCCUGGCGAGUUCCAGCCUACGACUUGUGCAUCACGCCGAGCCUUGCCCUUGCCACUACUUUUUUCACAGCGUCACAGGCCCUGGACUCGUUGCAUCGCUCCCACGGCCCUCGUAGGACAACGGCUGGCGUCCAGGUAGACCUUCGCUGCCUCUGGAGCUGUUGCCGCGGAACUCUCGCCCUGUUCUUGUCUCCCGAGGCUCUUUUCUCUUCAUGGACGCCGGUGCCUCCACGUCCGACAAUCAGCAUUCUUACUCCUCCAAUCCUUGGGCGACGCCUACUGCAUCGUCAUCGGCUCCAUUGGUACCAACCAGCGUGCCCGCGCACGCCUCGGACGGCGCCUCGGAAUCUGCAACUCCCGCCGGCCUUGUCGCCACCCCAACAUCGCUGACCGCAGGCUCACCGUUUCCACCCCACUUGGACUUUCUGCCCUUGCUUUUCCCGCAGCAAUCCAACAUCUACCACGCCCAGCUUCUGCACUACAACAGGCUCGUUUCCCCCGCGCGCGGAGGCGGUCUUCAGACACCGCCCCUCGCCCCCGUCGUAUCCGCUCCUCACGUCCACGCCGGGCCGAGGUCGCGAUCAUCGAGUAAGGUGUCGCUCAAGGACGGCGCGGCCGGCAAGGGAGCCGCAACAGGAGGCCAUGGGAGCAGGUCAAAUCACGCCAACGAUAAAAACCGCUCGGGUACAUCGUCCAAGGACACUCCGUCCAAAAUGGGCACGAAGCAGCAACACCACCAGCAGCCACACCAGGCGACUGCGGAGCCGUCGAGAAGCAUACCGAAGCGCACCGCCGCCGCGUCGUCAUCUGCCGCCCCGGGCCCGUCUCAUUCUAGCUCCGUGCCUUCGACGCCGCAUCAGCAUGCGCGCAAAUUCUCUUUUGGGUCGCGCGACCCGUCUCCCACAGCCGUGAGCAGCCACUCGCCGCGCUCAGCCUACUCCGAAACCAAUAGCACGCUGCCUUCCCUACGACCUCUCCCACCGAGGUUAGGUGGCUGCAAGUACGAGACAGCUCAGAUCAACUCGCGGCGGAGGAUACCGUACUCGGUCGGCAACGACCGACUGGAGAAGCUAGAUUUGCGAACGGUAAAGAGCAAGUUGUCGGAUGAUGAGGAACGGAAACUAGCCACAGAUAUGCGAGAGAUUUUCGACCGCUUACUGCCCACCGAUGCAGUCGAGGAGAAUAGGAGGAGGCUGGUGAAGAAGCUGGAGAAGAUAUUCAACGACGAGUGGCCAGGGCACGACAUACGCGUGCACCUUUUUGGUUCUUCUGGGAACCUGCUCUGCUCUGAUGAUUCAGAUGUUGACAUCUGUAUUACGACGGCGUGGCGGGAGCUGGAGGCUGUCUGCAAAAUCGCGGACUUGCUGGCGCGGCGUGGCAUGGAGAAGGUGGUCUGCAUCUCUGCAGCCAAGGUGCCCAUCGUCAAGAUAUGGGACCCCGAGCUGGGCUUGGCUUGCGACAUGAAUGUCAACAACACCUUGGCGCUGGAAAACACGCGCAUGGUGCGGACAUAUGUUGAGGCCGACCCUCGAGUACGCCAGCUGGCCAUGAUUCUCAAGUACUGGACACGGAGGAGGGUCGUGAAUGAUGCAGCAUUUGGUGGGACCCUGAGUUCCUAUACUUGGAUAUGCCUCAUCAUCGCUUUUCUCCAGCUUCGCGAUCCUCCGGUACUGCCGGCGCUUCACCAACUCCCCUACAAGAUUCCCAAGUCGGACGGUUCCGUUGGCGAAUUCGCCGAUAAUCUAAGGAAGAUACGGGGCUUCGGCAACAAGAACAAGUCGACAGUGCCCGAACUGUUAUUCCAGUUUUUCCGCUUCUAUGCCCACGAGUUUGAUUACGACAAGCACGCGCUCUCGGUUCGCCAGGGCAAGCUCAUCACCAAGGUGGAGAAGAAGUGGAAUUACCAGGUCAACAACUCUCUCUGCGUAGAGGAGCCCUUCAACGUCUCUCGAAAUCUCGGUAAUACCGCCGAUGAGUAUUCUUUCCGCGGUUUGCAUCUAGAGCUCCGCAGGGCCUUUGAUCUCAUCUCCGAGGCCAAGCUGGCUGAAGCUUGCGAGCAGUACAUUUUCCCCAAGGAAGAGGAACGAGUAUGGACCAGACCACCGCAGCAGCCUCGGCCAGUGUUGGUGCGGAGCUCAUCGCAGACGCAUUCCGGUCGAGGCGGACGUGGCGGCCACCGAGGGGGCCGCCACAACAGCAACUUCCACCAGAGAGGCGGAGGGUCUAACCGGAGAGCAUCGUCCAGCGUGCCCACCUCUUACGAGAAUGGUCUGCUCAUGGCUCCCAUGGGCAUACCUGGCGACUUGACCUGGUAUCAGAACCCACACUAUCAGCUCCAGUAUACGCACCAGGACCUGAUGGCACAGAUGGCGUUCCAAGAGAACGUUCGCCAAUAUCAUAUGAUGGCGGCGCAGACCCAGACUCCCGCGUUUCUUCAGCAACAUACCAUGGGCCAGCAGCAGAGGGUGCCAACGGGAUCCAGUCCACCAGGGCAACAGCCAACUGACCGAUCGCGCACCAACUCGUUUGACAACGUCCCCAUGACGGCUCCGUUGCGGCCCGAUAUCUACGCCCUGUACGGGAUCACGCUCGGCCACGCAUAUUAUCCCCAAGCCGGUACGGCAACAUACGGCACAUACCCGUCAUCACCCGUCGCAACGAGCGGCCCAAAUCAGGAGUUUCGGCGGCCGUUGCAGCGAUCAACUGUCAACACAGGGAACGGUGCCUCGGCGUCUAGCAGCACGCUUAGGUCGCAGUCUCAGCCAGCAACGCGGUCCCCGUCCUCGACGACUCAUCAGGUCGCCUAUCAGCUGGGGAACAAGGCGCCUUCGAGCCCCUCGGCCGUGCCAAAUGCCAACACGGACGGCGUGCCAAUGCCGAGCUUCAUGUCGGAUGAUGCCGACUUUGACGAGACUCCCAAGGCCGUGUUUGAGUCCCCUUCGCCCGCGGACAAGAAAAUUUCAGACUUUUUCCAGAACAGGGAUCCGAGUCCCGGCAGCCAGCCGACAUCGCAACAGCUGCAAGGUCUUCCCAACGGUAUUGCCUUCGGAGAUCUCGCCGCUCAGUCGACCAGUCCUGGUAGGAGACGUCUAUCGACGGACCAGCUCCCACAGACCAUCCUGGACAGGCGCAUGCGGAGAGCAUCAAGAUCGCCAUCGCCUUUGGGACAUGCGCGUGCUUUCUCAGUGGGCACGGCGUCUGCGCCAUUGUCGUCCACGCCAUUCCCCGGCAGUCACAACAAAACCUUGAACCGCCCCCUGGUUGUGAACGGGUCCGGACUGAAGACGAGCGCCGUCCCCGGUCAACGACAGCCAUCGGUGGCAGAGUCGUACACUUCCGAUGACUCGCUUGCGUCGAGUUUUGACAACGCCUUGCAUAUUAACACGGGGCCGACGUGUGCACCGACUGUGGACGCGUCCGCAAUGCACUAUGCGGCGACGGCUUCCAGGUCGGCCCCGUCAACCGAUCGACCCCCAAUCGUGGUGAACGGCACCAGUGGUCCUUUCUCGCACGUUCUGUCAGACGAUGCGUCGUUUCGGGACCGCGUUGCCAAAAUGGGCGCGUAUUACUUUCCGCAGGGGGCCACCCAGGACGGGCCCAACGGAGGGGCGGCGAGGCUCUCCCCUUCUGCUCGGCAGCGGCUGAUGUCGCGACAGCCACAGAGCGGCAUGAUUGCUCCUCUGGACCUGGCCAUUGCCGAUCACCGCAUGGCGAAGCCGCCGAUGAUGGACUCGGCGCAUCUAUCUCCUGUCUACGAAACUCGCACGCCGUCUCCGAGCACCGUUCGCAAGAAUGACGGCUCGUCGGUUUCUGUCAAAGUGGAUGGCCGGGUCGACGGCAAGAGCGGCCGCGCGGAACGAGACAAGGCGGGGCUCGCAGGGAGUGAACGGCCUCCUGCCGCUCAGGACAACGACAAGAUGCAUAAGCCGCCCCGAGCCGCGGCGCCGGCCGUGAGGGCGCCGGCACCACGGACGAACGGCCAUAUUCGUGGGGCCAAGAGCGAAAGCGACGGGGGCUGGCAAAAAGCCGGCAAGGGCAAGAAGCGGCCGGCGAACAUUGCGACCCAGCAGGGACAAGCUGAGCAGCCACCAAAGAACGACUCGGAGCGCAAGGGUGGUUGAUCCUGGCCUGGGCUUCUGUGGCUGGGUAGCAGGCUCAUGGACCGAAGCAUGGUGGGAAGCGUUGCUUGAAUAGUUGACCCAGCGUCUGGGUAAGCCGGUUUGGGACAAAGCAAACGUUGGAUAGCAAUGUUUGACCCCCGCGUUGGGGGAUACGGCAGGGUGGGAACGGCACAGCUUUGGCUUUGGGCGAGAGGCUACGAUGUUUGAUCAGCGAGAGCCCUACGAGAUGCAGCUGGAUGUUACAUGGUCGACUUGACCUUGAGCGGCAGCGGUCGAACAAUGUGUCGGAUGCUGACAGCUUGGUGUAUAGACGAGACUCGGCGAGGCAUUACCGCAGCAGCGUGUCCGUCGACACAGGUCUAGCAUACUGACGCGUGGAGAGGCAGACAGGCAAAGCGGCAUGACACAUAACCGACUACUUUGUGUUUCGGGUGGCAGGCGUUUGCAUUUACAUCCAUGAGCUCAUCAACCCAGGUAUGGAUGGCUUGGGGAGUAGGACAUUGUGUUUGGUGUCGUUUGUAUCUCGGCCUGCAUGGGCGGGCAUGCAGCAUAGGAGAGAACCAGCCUGACGACCAGGACAGCGUAUAGACGGGACGUUUUAAAAAGCAUGCACAGAGAUAUUCAUGAAAAGACAAGGAUAUAGCCAUGUUUACC